AUGGCGGACGAGGACGCGCCGCUGUUCUUUGAGGAGGCGGGCGGCGAGCCUCGUGCGCAUGUGCCUGCGAAGCGCGGGGCGAAUGAUGCGCCCGACGCAGAGACUGCUUGGCACCGACGAUACCUCGGUACCUUUGUGCUCUGUGGCUAUUCGAUGACCAAGGGUACUGGCUACCUGCAGCACGGCGAGCAGGUGCUAAUCCAGCGCAAGCCCAAGACAAAGGGUGCUACAUCCGUUCGGGGAUCACGCACCAAGGUGAGACCGGACUAUGUGGUGCGCUUCAGCAAUGCUCGGGGUGCGUUCACUUCGCUAACCACAGGCUUCGAAGUCGGUCGUAUCCCGGUGGAUGUUGCAGGCUGGAUGGCGUGCCUCCUCGAUGAGCACCUAUGCGAACUGGAUGGGCGUGUAAUCGACUGCGCUGCUUCCUUAGAAGUCGGAAGCGAUAUACUCCUAGAGAUCCGCGCGUACCUGACGCGCCACGCGUUUUCCGCGCGUGUGGCGCAGCAGUGUCAGAUACUGCUCGAGAAGGAUGCCGCACCCCGUGUUGGCGAUGGCGAAACGGAGCAAGAGCGGUCACUGCGUCACCGUAAAGUUGCACUGCAGCGCUUAUUCCGCGCCUGCAGCUUGGCGCCAGAGCAAUCUGCGCCGUCGUCGUCGCAUGCCACCGUCACUCGCACCAAGCGGGACGACGACGACGACGGGACGGAGGUUUCGGACGAGUGCCUAACUAGCAUCUACGCACGCGCUCAGAAGGACGAUGCGCUCUUACCAAUGGCUGAUGCGCCGCCCACCUUUGCUCUGGAGCUGCGGCCGUACCAGAAGCAGGCGCUCGCAUGGAUGCAGAGCAUGGAAGCAGCCCACACGGCGGUACGCGCCUCUUCGCUGCAUCCCCUGUGGGAGGCAUAUCGCUGGCCGCUCGCUGACGAUGCAGACGUCGGGCUCGGCUUAUUUUAUAUGAACCCAUACAUCGGCGACCUCAGUCUCGAGUUCCAGCCAGCCAGUCGCGGUGCGCGGGGCGGUAUUCUGGCGGACGAGAUGGGACUCGGCAAGACAAUCAUGCUUGCGAGUCUUAUCCAUGCGAAUCGCGCCACGGAAGCGGAGCGCCCUACGCGACGUACAGGCCUGCAGCAGGCACGCUUAUCGUUCAGCGCCCCGCCAAACCGCUCUUCUCGAACGCCGGCCACGCUGGUCGUGGCGCCCAUGAGCCUGCUGAGUCAGUGGCGCACCGAGCUGGAGCGCGCAUCGCACCCUGGCACGCUCACGGUGGCGCUGUACUAUGGCGACCAGCGCGAGCAACUGGGGGCACAGGUACGCGCGGGCGGUGUCGAUGUGGUUGUUACAUCGUACGGCACGCUAACUAGUGACUUCAAGCAGCUCGACAAGCGCAGUAUCUCGCCACUGUUUGACGAGACUUGGCACCGAGUCGUGCUCGACGAGGCACACACCAUCAAGAACCGCAGCACGCUCGCUGCGCGCGCCGUGUGUCGUCUCGAGGCAGAUCGGCGCUGGGCGCUCACUGGCACACCGAUCCAGAACCGACUAACGGACUUGUACAGCUUGCUGCGGUUCUUGCGCGUCGAGCCCUGGGGCGAUGCGCGCUUCUUCCACAGCUUUUUAGCAAAGCCAUUUGCAAGUCAGAAUGCCAAGGCGCUGGACAUUGUCCAGGCCAUCCUAUCGAGCCUGCUCCUGCGCCGCGAAAAACACACCAAAGACCGGGAUGGCCACAGCAUCGUCGAGCUGCCGCCCAAGAUUAUCGAUACCCAGCGCCUGACGUUCUCUGAGGCCGAGCGCGAGAUCUACCUCAGUGUCUAUGACCGUGCUCGCAUGCGUUACCGCGAUCUGGCGGCCCAGGGGCUUGUGGGCCAGCAUGUCAGCCUCAUCUUUGCCGUCCUAAUGCGCCUGCGCCAGGCAGUGUGUCACCCAUACCUCGUCCUGCCAACCCGUGCCGAGCGCGCGCCAGAGGAGCCGAGCUUUGAGGCGCAGCUGCACGAGCUUGUGCGCCGCUUUGAGUCGGAGAAGCCCGACGCAUAUGCACGCGACGUACUCGACACGCUGCUUGCCUCGGCGCCGGCCGACGAGGACGAGUGCCCUUUCUGUAUGGAGCUCAAGGCGUCCAAGUGCUUUUUGCCGCGGUGCAUGCACCAUGGGUGCCGCGAGUGCCUAGUGCAAUACCUACAGGCAUGUGAAGACCGCGGCGAGGAGCCCCACUGCCCCGUCUGCCGCCGCGGGCCGGUGCAGGCCGAGGACCUGGUAGAGAGUGUGCGGCGCACAGAGCCGCCCAAAGCGCCCCAUGUCGCGGUGCGGGGCAGCACUAAGCUCGAUGCGCUCAUGAAGCAGCUUGCCAACAUUACGGCCGCCGAUCCGACGUGCAAAGGUGUCAUCUUUUCGCAGUUCACGGGCUUUCUGGAUCUGAUCCAGUCGCAUAUCGAGCAGCAGGGCUAUACAUACGUGCGUCUGGAUGGACGCACGUCACAAAAAGAGCGCGAAGGUGUACUGGCGCGCUUUGCCAACGAGCCAGGGCCCCUCUUUCUGCUCAUCUCGCUGCGGGCCGGCGGCGUCGGACUCAACUUGACCGCGGCGAAUCACGUGUGGCUCAUGGACUGCUGGUGGAAUAGCAGUAUGUACGUAUGGGCUACUGACACCAGUGAGGAACAGGCGAUCGACCGUAUCCACCGCCUUGGGCAGACGCGCACCGUCACCGUGCACCGCCUCCUCGUCGACGACACGAUCGAGGACCGGAUCCUGGCCAUCCAAGCGCACAAGCGCAAGCUUGUGGAGCACGCACUCGCGUCGCAGCCGCGCGGUCCCGCCGCGGAUACCAUGGAGAACUUGCGUCUGCUCUUCGACGACAUCUAG